AUGGAGUCCUCGCGAGAUUUUGGGGCAGCAGGCAGUUACCCAAGCCAAGCUCUGCACAAGACGAGGAUGUGCCAGAACUUUGCCAAGGGAAGCUGCACCCUGGGAGAGGCUUGUCGCUAUGCGCACACAGCGGAAGAGCUCAAGAAGACCAAGCUGUGCCGGCAUUUUGAGAACGGUGAGUGCAGACAUGGAGCUCGCUGCACUUUCGCACACGGUGAAGCACAGCUUUUUGUGCCCCCUGCAGGCAUGGAAGCGCAAGCCGUGCAGGCACAGCACGCAGGAAAAUUUGCAGGCGAAAACGGAAGGCUGGUUCCCAAAACCAAGCUGUGUCAGAAGUUCAAAGAUGGCACUUGCCUUUUCGGCUCAGACUGCCACUUUGCACAUGACCUGUCUGAGUUGAAGAAGACCAAGAUGUGCGAUCACUUUGCACGCGGAAGGUGCAGGAACGGCAGCACAUGCACAUUCGCACACGGAGAGGAAGAGCUCUACAUUCCGGAAGAAGGAGACUUUGUACCACCUCGGGGCCCAGCAGCUUCAAGGGUUUGGGAGUCCAGGGAGUCGGUCAACGGUGACCUCCAGAAGACCAAACUGUGCCGGAAUUUCCUGGAAGGUAGCUGCCCCUUCGGUGCGAGGUGCCGCUUUGCACAUGGCGAGUCUGAGCUCAAGGCGGUAGCAUCGGCAAGCCGAAACGAGGAAGGAAGAAGCUCUUUCCUCAAAGAUGGGCAAUUGCCGCCGCCAAGCGAUGAAGACUCAGACUCGGACCAGGCUUCCAGUGCCGACUCUGAGGUGCAGAGCGGCAAGGGAAGCUUCAGGUGCAUGGCCUCAGCCACCGUGGAGCAGGUGCAUGAUACGAAGGUGGUGCUUCAAGUGCGUGGGGAGCAGCGCAUUGUCGCACUUUCAUGCUUUGCAGAUCUGUGGUUUACGCAGCCCUUUGAGGGUAACGAGCUCGCAUUCCCCGACGUGUCGCAUUGGUCCAGGCACAUCCAAAUUGUGCCUCAUCUGCGCAAAGUCGGGGAUCGAGGGAUGAGGAACCCCCAGCUCUGUGAGUUCAUACAAAACCUCUGGGAUGCUUACCGGAGCGAGGGUGCUGUCAUCCUUUCACGCUUGCAGCUUUAUUCUUUUCCUCACAUGGAGUUUGCUCUCCGACAAAACCAGCUCCCGGUUUCGUGCAUGCGGAAGAUUGUGGAGCUUGCCACGAAGAUUCUGGAGGACAUGGGCUCCAAUGUGUCGCUCCCUGACGGACACCCCACGACCCCGGAGUCUUCCUUCAUACUGUAUCUGCUGAAAAGCUCCUUCGUGAGACGCAGGCUGCCAGAAGCAUUGUCACGCAGUGAGCUGCCAUCGGAGGGGGCGCUUGAUUUCAUCACGGAGGCUUGCCGUGUCCUUCCUGCUUAUGCGUUCCUCCUGACUCCCUUCAUUGAGGCUGCUGCGUCCAAGACGGGGUCGACGGAGAUGCUCCUGUACGUUGUGAAGACCUACAGCGACCUCUUGGCAUCACAGGUCGGCUAUGUGAACCGGGUGUCGUGGAGCAAACUGGUCCUGGCUCCACAGCUGUUGAGUGGUGAUCUGUCCGACUUGGAGUCCCUGCCAGCCGUGAAGUGGAGUUACGACACCUUCGAGGAGUACAUGGACACAUACUUCCGACUGCUCCGGGCAGAUUGUUUCGGCUCCUUGCAAGUGGGUGUACAACAGUUCAUCGCAGGGAAGCUGGACCCUCGUGACCUUCGGGUAUACUAUGCAAGGAUGACCAAAAUCCAUGUGCUUAAAUUCUCGCAAGAACUUGUGGCCACCAUCCGCUGCCAAGACUAUUUCGGGCGGAGGGGCUUUCCUCCAAGUGCACUGAUGCAGAGCAACUUGGUGUGCAUAUCCGUUGGCGAGGAGCCCUUUCACGAGGUCCUGUGGGGUCGGAUCGUGGAACGGCCCAGCGACAAUCGGAAGGACAGCAUCGAGGUAAGCAUUCAGUUUCCCCAGUCCCUAAACCGCCAGUUGCACAGCAAGAAUCUCUUCAUGAAGCUCUUUAGUGCCCAGCUUUUGGCUGACAGCCCCGUCUUCUUCCAAGCAUUCGGCCCUGUCUUGGACAAGUUGCAGGGCACCACAGAGGCCACCAUGCCCCUGAAGCGAGUGCUCCUGGGACAGAGGAAGGGCAUCCAAGAAGCGGCUGAGCAGCUGCCUUGGUCGGAGUCAGCGCUGAGGUCCCUGCGGGGCACUGUGGAGCGCCAGGAACGUACUUUCGACGAAGCUCAGCUGGAGGCCUUGGAGAUGAUGCUGCAGUCAACAUGCUGCUGCAUUCAGGGUCCCCCGGGGACCGGCAAGAGCUUCAUUGCCGUGGAGGCCUGCCGUCACCUUCUUCAUGGAAGCACUUCUCUGUCCCAUGCCUUUGGUACGAGUCGCUUCGCUGACAUGGACUCUGACGGUGAGGAUGAUUUCUUUGAAGACGCAUCCGAGAUCUCUGAUGAGUCAGGGCCUCGUGAUAACCGACGCCGAAUACUAGUCUUGACCUACAAGAACCAUGCCAACGAUGAGUUUCUGGUCGAUUGUCAGAAACACAUGCCUCACGUGCAGGUGGUCCGAAUCGGGGGACGUUGCGAAGACGAGAGGCUGCAAGACUGCAACCUGAAGGCCCUGGCGAAGCAGAAGCCCAAGGACAAACUCUUGGGCAAGAUGGCUUUCAAGCUGAUCUCAGACAAGAAAGAAAUCAUCGACCGGCUUCAGCGAGAAAUGUCCCGUCUUGAGGCCGAGAUGGACCCGUCAAAGCUAUUUGCAGCAAGAGCGACCGAUCAGCAGAUCUGUUCCUUGCUGGAAGGCUGCCCAAACAAGCAGCGCGGCCACGUGAAGCAUCACGAUCACGAGAGCCUCCUCCGGAGCCUUGCUGAAGGCCUGCGCCCGACGGCUUCGGACCUAAGGCCAUGCUGCAAACACUGGCUCCCCAAGCGCCCAGAGCCCAAGCCCAAGGAGCCCAAGGAACCCAAGGAGACGAAGGCGGGCGGUGCGGGAAUGGCUGGCCGUGUUGCUUUAAGAAGUUUAAGACCUUUAAGGCUUUUGUGCAUAAUGACAUAUGGUGACGAGGGUCGCUUCCAUCAGGUGCUGGAAGAUGUCGAGGCAGAGGAGGUAGCACUGGAAAGGCAAGCCUUCGCAGAACAGACCGAGAAGCUUUGCACGCUGAAUUUGCAGGAAUGCUUGGGGCCCACUCUCAUCCUGGAUGCCGCACCUUUGUCGGUGGUGUGCAGUGAAGAUGUUUGGGCCUUGCUGGAUCGCGAGCGUGCCCGGCUUCUGGGCACCUGGCUGGAAUCAGAGCUAGGCAACUGGAGCAUCUUUGACACCAUCCGAGAGUGUGAGCGCCUGACCCGCAUCGAGCAAGAGCACCAGCAAAUGAUCCUUCGCGAGGCGGGGCUGGUCGGCCCACCCGAACAGCAGAACCAGGCUUCCAUUGUUGGCUGCACUAUCAGCGGUGCCUCAAUCCGGGGAGAUCUCUUGAAAAAGGUGAACUUCGACGUGGUGAUAGUGGAGGAGGCCGCUGAAAUCCUCGAGUCUCAGCUGGUUGCAGCCAUUCCCCCAACUUGCCGGCAGCUAAUUCUGGUCGGAGACCAUCUACAACUUCGGCCCAAGAUCGAGAACCACCUGCUAGGCAAGCAGUUGAACUUUGACCGUUCCAUGUUCGAGAGGUUGCUGCUGCACAAGCUGCACGAUGAGCGAUUCCCCCAGAAGACCCUCACGCUGCAGAACCGUAUGCGGGAUGACUUUCUCUGCCUGCUCAGGCCACACUAUCCAGACCUGAAGUCCAAUUUGAUGAGAGUCUCUCAGAACGAGCAGCUCUCUUGUGUAACGAAGCCCAUGUACUUUCUCCGCAUGCGCUCGCUGUCCGAGACGGAGUCUGAAAUCGGCCGGAGCAAGAUGAACCGGGACGAGGCAGACAUGAUCCUUGCUUUCAUCGCCCACAUCCUCCACGAAGGCUACGAGCAAAGCGACAUCACUGUUCUAGCCAGCUACAAUGGUCAGGUGAGCUUCCUGAGGCGGCAGCUUCGGGACAGGCAGCUGGCCGGUGUGGUUUGCUCAUCCAUCGACCGGUACCAGGGGGAUGAGAAUCGAUUUGUCUUGGUCUCUCUGGUCAGAUCGAAUGAUGCGGAUGAGAUCGGCUUCCUGCGUGAGCCAAAUCGGCUGAUCGUGGCAGCUUCACGGGCUAGGUGUGGGGUCUACUUCUUCGGGAACGACUGGCUGUUGGCAAAGAAAUCCCGAGAUUGGAGGCAACUGAUUCGCGUGAUGGAGGAGCGGGAGGAAGUUGGAGACAAGUUGCCGGUGAUUUGUCCCCGACAUCCGCACAUUCCGCUUGACUUAGGCCGGGAGUGCCAUCACGUCUGCAAGGCAAUCUUGCCGUGUGGGCAUACUUGUGAGGCACACUGCCACCGGGAUGGAGCUCACCCACCUUGCAAGCAGCCGGCGGUUGCAACGCUGAGAUGCGGACAUGACAAGGCCUGUGAGUGCUCAGCACGAGACCAGGCGGAUGAGAUCUUGAAGUGCCAUGAGGUGGUGAACUUUCACCAUGAACGCUGUGGUCACAAGGACACACGCAGGUGCUGCGACAAGCCGAAGCCGUGCACAACGGCGGUGCGCAUACAGUGUUCCAGCUGUUCGGAAUGGUCGUCCACGCAAUGUCAUGUGAAAUCAGAAGGCAACUUCCAGUGCCGUUUGCCCUGCAAGAAAGUCAUGAAGUGUGGACACCCCUGCAGCCUGCUUUGCUUUCAAGAUUGCGAUCUGGCCUUGGACGAUUGCAAGCUGUGUGCGCAAGAGCUCGAGGACACCAAGAGAGAGCAAAUGGCAAAGAUUCAAGAGCUGAUGGCACAGAUUGGCGACCCAGGUUUCUUCCAUGUAGAAGAGCUGUCGCAAGAGCAGCAGCCUUUGGAUUUCGACACGCUUACUUCAUCAGUGGCAUCCUUCUUCAGCACUUCCGGCUUGGAAGCAGAGAUCCAACUGGCCCAGCGUGUGAAGAACACGGACCUGGAGCGUCAGUUCUAUCGCGGCCACGAGUUUGUUACGGCCCCUGUCCCUGAGGGUGCUCUGCGCAUUCUGGAAGUCGCCUCACUCGACGUGGCUCAGCAAGUGGCAAAGAAGGGCCUUGAGCACCGCAAGAAAAAACAAAAGGGGAUAGCAACUUUUUGCGACUUCUACAAGUCCUAUAAGAGGAGAGAGUCGGCGGCACCGAGCCUGCUGACUUUGGUCCUCUGCCGAGUUCAGACGGGUCGUGUUUACACAGUGGGCUCUCACUUCAAGCACCAUCAGAACUGGGAACAGGUGAACAAGCCGCCCGCCAGUUUCGAUUCCGCCUUCAACUCAGACACUGCUUGCUUGCGCCUGUUCCGCCUUUCGGUGGGUCUGCCGAAGUACAUCCUCCAGGCUGCGGGGUGCCGAAAUCAAGGGGGAGGACUCGCAGGCAGUGUCGAUUCCUGUUUGCAGGUACGGCUGAGGGAAGUGGCCGGUUCAAGGCCACCACAUUGGUCGGGUGCUGAAUGCCCAGCACACUCCGAGCGCUUCUGGAAGCUGAGCUUGGCUUCGGAGUCGGAGCAGCAAGCCUUGGGAAAGGCCCUGGCUCCUGGUUCGAGCUUGGGGGGAAGGGACAUGCACGUGCGCGGUGAACACAGUGGCUUCCGGAUAAAGAUGGCUUGGCGACUGGAGCACGAUGUUCUGUGGAAACAAUACAUGGCUGCUAAGACCAAAGUCCAGGUUCAAAUGGAAUCCCUCAGGAAGCAGGGUGCCUGCUUCGCCGAUGUCCGCUUAAGAACAGAAUACAGUGCCCUCCUACGUGAGCUGCCCGUGAACAAGACAGAGGCGAUGGACAAACAGAUUAACGAGGUUUACUUGAGCCAUGGGACAAAGCCUGAAGUGCUUCUCACCAUUUUGCAGAACGGCUUGAAUGAGCGCUUCAGCGGGGGCCUCUUUGGCAACGGUACCUAUUUCGCUGAGGAUGUGGGGAAGAAUGACCAAUACUGCACUCGGGACGAUGGCGGCCAGCAUCAACUUCAAAAAGUCUUGUACCACGAGCUGAAGAUUCCUCCUGCACACGGUGUCUUCUACGUCUUGUUCUGCCGGGUCAUUCUUGGCAGUCCAGUUCGGACUCAAGAUGGAAAGCACGACAUGGAUCAGCGACCUCCAGCCAGUGUCUGGAGCAGCGAGAAGCGAGAGUUGGCAGCAAUUCCGAAAUCAAGUCCCCCUAUCAACUUCCAUUCCCUUCUCGCAGAAAGAGGGGCGAUGAUCGCGAGAUACCGCGAGCUGAUCGUGUACCAUGGUACCCACAUCUAUCCAGAGUAUGUGGUCGCGUACCAACGUGUCUGA